AUGGCGAAAACUAGGAAGCAGAUGAAAGGAUGGCAGUACAUCCUCGAUGAAGAUAUUAAUGAGGAAGCCUCCAAGAAGGUUUCUGACUCUCUUCCAAAACGUUCAUUGAGAAAUAGUAGAAGGUCGCAUAGAAAAGAUCCAGAGAUUGUCCUUCGCAGAGAUAAUGAUAAUUUAGAGGUGAAGAUGGGUGAUAUUCUUUUAGUGAAUGAUGACGAAUCAGCUGAUGAGCAGGGAAAGGAAGAGGAUCUUCCCUCAAUUGGUUUCGUGAAAGAUAUUGCUUUUGGAACAGAUAGUUUUCUUGAUGUCCGUGUUCUUUGGUUCUACAGAAUUUCAGAAGUUGAUGAAGACAAGUUGCCAGAAGGUAGAAAAUCUUAUAAUGAUAAUGAUACGUUUCUAUGCCCAGUCAUGGAUAAGAUUACUCUUAGUGACAUAUUGACGAAAUGUACAGUUAUUUCGGAUGCAACAUUGAAAAAAACUGUUAUAGACGAGUCCAAUCAGGAUACGACUUUUGUGUGUAGGAGAUUUUGUGAUAGCGAUGCUGAAUAUUUUACCGAUGUGAUUGAUUGGGAUGAAAUGUUCAAGUGCUUCCAAGAUAAUCACGAAGAUUUUUACAAAUUGGUGAAGAACUUGACUGUGCGUCCUACAGUGAAGGGGUUUGCCAAAAAAUUGUUUAAACAGGGAAUAGAUCCAAGGUCAUUGAAGGCUGAGGAGAAAAAACUGAAACGGAAGAAGAAAAGGCAACAGCAAAAGAAUACAAAGAAACUGGAUUAUGCUGAGAAUGAUGAUGAUGAUGAUGAUAUUUAUGAUGAUGAUGAUUUCUAUGUUUAUGAUUUUGAGGAGAAAUCUGAAGACAGCCAGGCCGAACUGGAGGACGAAGAUAGUGGUGAAGAGUAUGUCGAUCGUAAAUUUCGGAGUUCGCCAAGAAAGAAGAAGACUCGGGCUGCUGGCAGACCCAGAAAAAGAAAGCGUUCCGUGAAAAAUGUCAACACACCAAAAAAGCGUUUGAAGCCAAGGCUUCCCCGAGUUGCAAGGAAAUUUCAGUUUAACGAAGAUGCCAAGGAGCUUGAUAUUGAUUCGCUCUGGGAGGCUAAUGCCGAUUCUGAGACUUCUAAAGCGCUUAGAAGAGCAAAGAAGGUUUUACAUACAUCUGCCAAACUUCACUCUCUUCCAUGCAGAGAGGAAGAGUUUAGUCGGCUUUUUUAUACACUAGAGAGUGCUGUCCAGUCCCAGAUCGGAAGAUGCAUAUAUGUGAGUGGUACUCCUGGCGUUGGUAAGACUGCUACAAUUAGAGAAGUGAUUAAACAGCUUGCUACGUCCUUUAUAGCUGAGACAAAGCAGAAGAUGUUUAAUUAUGUUGAAAUAAACGGCCUUAAAUUGAUAUCACCACAAUCAUCAUACGAAGUACUUUGGGAAAAGGUUUCAGGAAAGCACGCCACCACUUCUAAUUCACUUGUUUUGCUUGAGGAAUAUUUUAACAAAGAAGACACAAAAAGAAAGCCCUUGGUAGUUCUUCUAGAUGAAAUGGAUCAAAUUGUUACCAAGAAUCAGAGUGUGAUGUACAAUUUCUUUAACUGGCCAUCUUAUCAAAAUUCGAAAUUAAUUGUUAUCGCCGUUGCUAACACGAUGGACCUUCCGGAGAGAAUGCUUACCAAUAAAAUAUCGUCUCGUUUGGGGUUGACAAGAAUUCAGUUCUCAAGUUACACCUACACCCAGUUGAGCAAGAUUAUCAAAAAAAGGUUGGAGAAGUUGGGACGAUUGAAUAAAGAGAGAAUGGUGAUUUCCAAGGAUGCAAUCGCAUUUGCAUCCAGAAAAGUUGCUUCCGUGUCUGGUGAUGCCAGACGAGCACUUAUGAUCUGUAUUCGAGCCGUGGAGAUAGCAGAGACAGAAUUCAUGGGGAAAUCAAAGGAAGAAAAGAAAAAGCUUGACGGUAAGUAUACUGUUACGAUCAUGCACAUUAUGAAAGCUGUGAAUGAAAUAGCCUCGUCACCAAUUUCUAAUUAUCUUUCUGCACUUCCGUUUAUGUCAAAGAUGUUUUUGGCUUCAAUAUUGUUACGAAUGCGUAGAUCCGGUGUUGCUGAAGUUUUCGUUGGUGAUGUUAUAGAUGAACUCAACAACCAAUUUCAUGUAAUGCUUUUCACUGACUUGAGAAAGAGGCUUGAUCCCGAACAACUAGACUUGCUUGAUGUGAUUUAUGGAGUCCGUGGGAAAUCUCAGAUUCGACCUAGGGGACUUGAUUUUAUUAUGACGGAUCUUGAAGAAAAUGGGAUACUUAUUGUACAACAGACAAGGCUUGAGCGUAGCAGACUAUUACGAUUAAAUGUGAGUCAAGAUGAGAUUUUGAACGGUUUUAGAAAAGACGAUCUGAUUCGAGAAGUCAUCGCAAGCAGAUGA